AUGGGUCGCCUCAACCAGGAAGCUCCCGCGUCAUCGUCGCACUCGCUCCAUUCUUUGGAUGACGCGCCACCACCGUACAGCGAUGAUCCCGAGUCCUUCUCCAUUCCGCAGGUCCCGCCCGUCCCUACCCAGCGUCACAUCGAACCUCUCCGCUUGAUCAACUCUGCCUACGUUCUUCCAGGUGGAAAAGACAUUAGGCCACACGACAAAGUCGCCCUGACACUCGCGCCGAAUCUCUCGACCAACAGCGAUGAGCUCUUCCAUGCUAUCAGUAAGCAGAUCAAGCUGCCGCUGCGCCCGCUCCUCUAUGUGAAAGGCUACCACACCGAAUCAAGCAACAAUGGAAAGAAGGAUAAGAACAGCAGCACGGUGACUGACUUCGAGUUCAGGCUGGAUCUCGCCGAGACCAUGCUUACCGGUUGGGAGGGCCGGCCUAUGCACGAGAACUGGAUGGAAGUCGAGAUCAUCACAGAUGAGGAUCUAAAGCCGGCCUUCCGCGGAAGCAUUCUGCGUUCGCGCACAUACAAACCUCCUAAGACACGCCAGGCAGUCGCGCUGAGUGACGACAGCAAUGCCCUCCUGGGCGAAGACGCCAACAUCGAUGGAACGUUGAACAAGCUUCAAAGUGCCCUCAAGCUAUGGUGCGAGCGGUUCUGCCAGGACCCUGCGCCCGUGAAAUCAUUCACCCUACACCGCCAACUCGGGGGCUUCGACUCCAACGCAAUGCGCAACGUCCUGUCCUCUCAUAUCCGUGAACUAAACUACCGCGGCUCCCUCAGCUUCUCCUUCUCAACUGCCCACCGCUCCGUAACAAUUUACUCACCCCACUGGGUCAACCGACUCCGCGCGAACCGCUAUGUGUGGUGGAUUGUAGUCAUCCUCCAACUCUGGAUAAUUACUUGGCCCAUUAUCUUCUUCAUGGAGAAGCGGUACGAAGUCGCCCAUACAAAGUGGAACGCUUCGCUCGUGCCUGAGACCGAUUCUGCUAUACUCAAGUGCUAUGCUCAGGGUCGCGAUGAGUCUGCUCUGGCGGAGUACUGGGCUCCUGCUGUAAAACAGGCUGCUUGGAGUCGCCGGCGUGGGGAGGGCGAUGUUCUUACCAGGAUGGAUGUCGAGCGUGUUCAAGGUUAUUCUUUGCAGCAACUGCUUGGCAUGCGUGCUACUGCUUCUGAUUCUGAGCGGGAGCGUAGGGAGCGUGUCAAUAAUGGCUCUGGUGGCUUUGUUGACAAUGUUGUCGGGCUGGUCCGCGGUGUCAGUGAAGCUGGGCAGGAUUGGAGGAUGUCUAUGGGAUGGGGUGCUAACUCUUAG